AAAGAGUAUCUUGAUGUGAUUUUUUUCUCUCCGCUUCCUUUUUUGCAAUAAUCUGAAUGAUCGAUAUGUUUCUAUCCAUGAACUUUGCGUCAGGCUUUAGAUAUUGUCGCUGUGUUAGAGUUUUUGCAUCGUGGCUUUGAGAACAUAUUUCUAAUUCUUUCACCUACCGUCUUCUUCCAUUAUUUUCCCGCUCUAGGCAAAAUUCUAAGACUCCUUUCCCUUCUUCAAAUGAAUCAAAUGAAUUUUAUUUCCCUUCUUCAAAUGAAUCAAAUGAAUUUUAUUGCAAUUCAAACCUUCGUAAACAAAACACUAUUAUCCCCACGUACAUUGGUUUCCUCUGUUGCGACUGUAGACGAUGUGUCCAAUUUUUCUUUCACCAAAAUUCGAACUUUCCCUCAUUUGGAUCCUUUACAGUUUCUCAAUGAUUUUGUAAAAUCGAGAAAAUGCUCUUUGAGAAACACGAAAGUUCUACACGCAAAGUUACUCCGAGCAAAUCUUCUUCAUUCCAAUAUCUAUGUUUCAAAUUCUUUGCUAGAUUGUUACUCAAAGUCUAACGCUAUGGACCAUGCACUCAAACUUUUUGAUACAAUGCUCCACCCAAAUGUCAUUUCUUGGAAUAUCAUUAUCUCGGGUUUCAACUACAAGUUCUUACAUUUGGACACGUGUAGAACAUUUUGCAGGAUGCAUUUCCUGGGUUUUGAACCUAGUGAGAUAACAUAUGGCAGUGUUUUGUCUGCUUGUGCUGCCAUUCAAGCCCCAAUGUUUGGUAAGCAGGUUUAUUCUCUCGCGGUGAGAAAUGGGUUCUUUGUUAAUGGUUAUGUUCGAGCCGGAAUGAUAGAUUUAUUUGCAAAAGAUUCUAGUUUUCUAGAUGCUUUAAGGGUGUUUCAUGAUGUUGAUUGUGAGAAUGUGGUGUGUUGGAAUGCUAUUGUCUCCGCAGCUGUAAGAAAUGGGGAGAAUUUGAUGGCUUUGGAUCUUUUCAACACAAUGUGUAGUGGGUUUCUGGAGCCUAAUAGUUUCACCUUUUCCAGUGUUCUAACUGCGUGUGCUGCACUUGAAGAUCUUGAAUUUGGGAAAAGAGUUCAAGGGAGAGUGAUCAAAUGUGGUGGAGAAGAUGUUUUUGUUGAGACAGCCCUUAUUGAUUCGUAUGCCAAGUGUGGAGAUCCGGAUGAAGCUGUUAAGAUAUUCUUGCGGAUGCCCAUUCGCAAUGUGGUCUCUUGGACUGCUAUAAUAUCUGGCUUUGUGCAAAAUAAUGAUUAUUUAAUGGCCCUCAAGUUUUUUGAAGAUAUGAGAAAAGCGGGAGAGGAAAUUAAUAGCUAUACAGUUACUAGCGUGUUAACUGCAUGUGCUAAUCCAGCCAUGACAAAAGAAGCAACCCAACUUCACUCCUGGAUUCUAAAAGCUGGUUUUUCUUCCCAUGCAGUGGUGGCGGCUGCUUUAAUUAACAUGUAUUCAAAAAUAGGAGCAAUUGACCUUUCAUUGAUGGUUUUCAGGGAGAUGGACAACCAAAGGAAUCUGAGUUCUUGGACAGCUAUGAUAACUUCCUUUGCGCAGAAUAAUGAUAAAGAGAAUGCAAGUGAAUUGUUCCGAAAAAUGUUGAAGGAAAGUGUGGGGCCAGAUACAUUUUGUACUUCAAGCGUCUUGAGUGUGACUGACUGUAUUACUUUUGGGAGGGAGAUACACUGCUACACACUUAAAACUGGAUUAAUAUUUGAUGUUUCUGUUGGCAGUUCUCUUUUUACAAUGUAUUCCAAAUGUGGCCAUCUUAAGGAAGCUUUUCAAGUUUUUGAAAACAUGCUAGAGAAAGACAAUGUUUCGUGGGCAUCAAUGAUUUCCUGUUUCUUAGAACAUGGCUAUGCAACAGAGGCCAUUCAAUUAUUUAGAGAAAUGUUGUUUGAAGAAUAUGUACCCGAUCAUAUGACUUUAAGUGCAGUCCUAACUGCAUGCUCUGUCCUUCACUCUAUUCAAAUAGGCAGAGAAAUUCAUGGAUACUCUGUUCGUGCGGGACUUGGCAAAGACGUAGCUGUUGGAAAUUCACUUGUUAAUAUGUACUCGAAAUGUGGCAACCUGGGAUUGGCUAGAAGGAUGUUUGAAAUAUUGCCCCAGAAAGAUCAUAUUGCAUGCUCUUCAUUGAUUUCAGGAUAUGCUCAACAAAAGUGCAACGAAAAGGCUUUUUUGCUAUUCCGCGAUCUUCUGGUGGCUGGCUUAGCCAUCGAUCCCUUCUCAAUCUCAUCCAUACUGGGAGCUAUUGCGCUUUUAAAUAGGCCUGCAAUUGGGACCCAAAUUCAUGCAAUCAUUAUGAAAGUAGGCUUGGAGAAAGAUGUUUCUGUUGGGAGUUCAUUAGUAAUGGUAUACUCCAAAUGUGGAAGUGUAGAAGACUGCUGCAAAGCAUUUGGGCAGAUUGGAAAGCCUGAUUUGAUAGGCUGGACAGCCAUGAUUGUCAGUUAUGCCCAGCAUGGGAAAGGUGCUGAAGCUUUAUGUGUCUAUGAACUUAUGAAGAAAGAAGGAUUCAAGCCUGAUCCAGUCACCUUUGUUGGGGUUUUAUCUGCUUGUAGCCAUAAUGGUUUGGUCGAUGAAGCCUAUUUCCACCUUAAUUCAAUGGUGAAAGACUAUGGUAUACAGCCAGGAUAUCGACAUUAUGCGUGUAUGGUAGAUCUUCUUGGGCGGUGUGGGAAACUGAAAGAGGCAGAAGAAUUGAUUAACCAUAUGCCUAUUGAACCUGACGCUCUUGUUUGGGGAACGCUUCUUGCUGCUUGUAAAGUACAUGGAGAUAUUGAACUUGGAAAACUGGCAGCAAGAAAGGUGAUGGAGUUGAAGCCAAGUGAUACCGGUGCGUUUGUCUCUCUUUCAAACAUCUGUGCUGAUAUGGGCCUGUGGGAAGAGGUCCUGAAAGUUAGAAGCCUAAUGAAGGGAGCUGGAGUGACGAAAGAACCUGGUUGGAGCCAUCUGUAAGAAGUUCGAGAAGUUGAAGAUAUUAUUGCCUACAAGUAGAGGGUUGACAAUCAACAAUCAUUCCCUACAUAUCUUAUAAACAUUGUGACAUCUUCUCAGCUUUCUAACGUGAGAUCCUCAACAUGCUCCUCAAGAGGGUUCAUCAUUCUUGGGUCGUCUCAUUUUUAUUAGAUCAAAUACUCGUUUGGGUUUUAUGAGCUCUAAUAUCAUAAUAGAUGAACAUAAGAUUCCAUCUCAAAGCAAUUGACAAUAAAAGGAGUAAUACAAGUAUCUUGAUAACAUCAUAGGUCAGGAAGUGGGAAAAGUGGGAUAGAUGAGUAUUUGCGGCUGCGAGGCCACUCUGACCUCUGCAUCAAAACGUUGGAUGUUCAACUUCAAACUUACAUGCCUAUGUCAAGCCACCCUCCCGUGAAGGUUCU